GCCUGAUUAAUCAGAGACCUUCUAAGACUCUUUGGUAGAUUUUUUAAAAAAUGAACUGAUCUAACCUGUGAAUUGAAUAUAUUUUGCAACUGUGAGUUUUAUACACCUCCUCAGAUUAUCUGAUGGGUGAAAUGAUUGAACCAGAAAUAGAGUAAAUUUCCCCUUCCUGAUGCCAGAAUGAGAGAGACAGGAUAGACAGGUAGAUAUGAGAGCUUUGUGGAAUUAGAGAGCAGAACUGAUGAAAGUAAAAGUAGUGUCAUGAGAGAGAAGAUGUCAACAGAGGCAAGGGCAGAGGUGGACCUAGGGGCUUCAAUCCAUGUGCCAUUGGGGCUACAAAGAAUCAAAAUGGAAGAUCAAGGACCAGUUGGGCUCAAAAUGAUGGAUGCUCAAGAGAAAAUAAGGCAGGCAUCUUGUGCCCUUGAGCCGAGGACAUUGUUGAGUUGGGACCCAUCUCCAACGGUGAAGGAAGAGCCAGAUGUAGGAGGAACCCAGUGCUGGAAAAUCCAAAUUCAAGAUACAGAGCAGCCGCUGCAUUUUGGGUGGGCGAAGGCAUGGCCGACAGAGUUCGAACCAUGGGAUGACGUGCCAGCUCUCCUAGCCUCCUUUGAACAUGUGGCCUAUGCCUGCCAGUGGCCCAAGGAAGAGUUGGUAGCCCGGCUUUUGCCAGCUCUGCGUGGAGAUGCCCAAGAGGCCUAUCUUGGUUUGGAUGGGAGUGAGAGAAGGGACUAUGACAAAGUGAAGGCCGCCAUCUUGAAGAGGGAGCCCAUGGCCACUGAGGAGCGGAGACGGCACUUCCGGCAGUUUGUCUAUCAAGAGGCCAGGGGUCCACGGGAUGCUUGCCAGCGGCUUCAGAAGCUUGGCUGCCGUUGGCUGAGGCCAGAGAGCAGAACCAAGGAACAGAUCUUGGAGCUGCUGGUUCUGGAACAGUUUCUGACCAUCUUGCCAGAAGAGAUCAAAAGCCAAGUGUGGGAGCAAUUGCCUGAAACCUGUGCCCAGGCAGUGGCCCUGGCUGAGAAUUUUCUGGCAGGGCAGCAGGAGGCGGAGAGAGACAUACUGCAGGUGCCAAGGCCAUUGAAGGAUGAUGUGAAGAUGAAUUUCCCAAAGGGAGAAUUGGCUCCCUCAAACACUCAGCCGAAGGAGGUCAAGCAGGCUGGUGGUGGGGAUGUCAGCUCCCGGGCACUGAAUAAGAACCCAGUCAGAACUGAAGAAUGUUUUCAACAAAGAGGGUAUGUGAAAAGUUUUGUGGGAUCUGAGGGGCUCCAGGUGCACCCUGGGACUGACAACCAGGACAAAGGUUAUUUGUGUGCCCAGUGUGGGAAAGGGUUCCGAUGGCCAUCGGCACUGGCUGUGCACCAGAGGACCCACACAGGUGAAAAACAGCACCGUUGCACUGAGUGUGGCAAGUGUUUUGGCCAGCGUGGACAUCUGACCGUGCACCGGAGGAUCCACUCUGGAGAGAAGCCAUACGCCUGCCCUCAGUGCGGGAAACAGUUUGUGGACUCCUCCCACCUCACCAAGCACCAGAGGACCCACUUGGGCGACAGGCCCCUCCACUGUGCCAACUGUGGCCGAAGGUGUGGAAAUAAACGGUCUUUGGUACAACACAUGAGGAUUCACAGCCGGGAGAAGCUCAAGGCCACAGAUGUUCAUUAGCCCCUCAUGGGAUGUUGAAUGUGAGUCUAUAGAUCUAACUGAGAGAAAUAAAUCCCCAGAAUCUGGUUCUUGCACUUUAUUCCCAAACAGCAGAAAUAAACCUCAGUAGAUGUACAGGGGUAAGCUUAGAAAAGUUGCUCUUUGAGCUACAAUUCCCAGAAACCUCUUUGGACUUCCACCUUUUGGUUCCCUAGUACUAAAAUGGCUCUAAGGAGGUAGGAAAGUAGUAGUCAUGCUUUUAAUUUUGCCACUUCUUAUUUCCUAGGGUAGGGUGGGUAGAUACUCCUACCUCUCUCACACACACGUAGACAUCAUUGAGUCACACCUGUGCCACUUGUGCAAGCUAGGCGUGAUGGAACACUCUGUGGGACCCAAACCUAGCCCAGGACUGAGAACCAUGUGGCCUGCAGACAGAAAAUCAACUGUGUACUGGCCAGUUGAUGUAGCUCUUUGCUUUUCUGCUUCAUCAAAGUUAUAUAGCUACUCAAAAAAUAAAUCAGGGAAUGCUACAACUGCUGGUCUGUCAUUCAAAAUAUGCUUUCCUUCUAUCUAUUGUGUUAUUGCCUCAACACUGACAACACAGCACAAGGUAGGCAGCACUAACCAGUGCUUGAACCAGGUAAUAUUCCUCUUUUGCCACUUAAUAAAGUCUUACCUCCAUACAUAUAUAAGAAACUUGUAAGGUUACGGUCAAAGAAUCAAUAUUAUUGUUCAUUAAUUUAUGGUAGUACUGUAAAGAGCCUUCUUCAUUGGGGGAAGGACGUAAUCAAUGGUAACUGGUUUGUAAUA